CAUUUUUAGAGCACAACUCUCAGUUCCUCGUCAGGAAUACUUCUAUGGAAUUCUGAGGAAAAAGGACUUUGAGCUCCGUUUGGCUGUGGUGUUGAUGGUCUUGGCUGGGAUUUUGAUCUUGGCAUUGCUGUACUGGGUGCUCUUGCUGCGCCACAGGCUCCGCAUCGCUCAAGCCAGGAAUGCUCUGGAAAACUUUGGUUUCUACCACAUGGCUCAGUAUGAUCUAAAAGAGCCCAACCUGCCUGUAGUGACCCCUUCUCUUCCCUCCCCACCUCCACCUGUUCCCCAGCCUCCUGUUCACUUCACUCCACCUCCACCGCCCAUGCUGAAUGCGUCUGCCCCCAUCAUCCACACCACCCCACGCAGCCCUCACCCGUCAUGUGGAGCUGGCUCGUAUGCAGAGGUGUAUUCGCGGAUAGGAGUCCUACGACCCUCAAGACUCUCCAGCGUGAGUCAGACCCAGGUGAUCCUGUUUGAACACUCUGCUCUUUGACGGACUGAUGCUUUCAAGUCCAUGCACAGCUGGUUUCAUUUCAACUGUGGUUAUUUUGGGCUGUUUUGUCAUAUUUAAAUUGUCAGGGGUAAAUCAGACAAUCACCAUCUUUCAAGUACAUUAAUGGUUGAAUUAUUGGGCCCCUUUUAUUUUUUACUAGAUGUGUUACAUUUAAAAGCUUUCAAAUGUGUUUCCUAUGUUAGGAAAAGUAACAGGAAAAGCAUUCCUAUUUUUCCUGAAUCUGCCUUUGUAAUUUCCUUUAAAGGGUGGGAUUUCCUGAGGAGACUUUCCAUUGCUUUGUUCCUCUCUGCCUCUUAAUGUUCAAUUUUCUUUCACUCUCACUGUCUUAGCAAAUGUACAUCAAUUAAAUAUGUAUUAUAAAGUAAAUAAAAUAAAGAUAAAUAAAUAAGUCAAAUAAAUAUAUCUAAAUAUAUGUACUACCAUUCAAA